AUGUGGGUCGUGACAUCAAUGUUAUACGUUGAUUUCCCCAACGCAGUCACUUUGUCAUUUCCAACUGAAGUUUUGGUUUGUGGGGGUGCUCCUAAAGGAUCUUAUCUCCAAGCCGUGAGAGGUAAAUUCAUUGCAGCCUUGAAGACUUGCGCGAGGAUGACAAUAACCGACCCCAACCCACAGUGGGUCAUGGAGACUAUGCCCAUGGCUAGAGUUAUGAGUGACAUGAUUUUGCUCCCAAACGGCAAGGUUUUGAUUAUCAACGGGGCAGGUUCUGGAUCAGCAGGAUGGGAAUUGGGUCGGAACCCUGUUUUAAGUCCAGUCUUGUACCUGCCCGAUAAUAAAAUUGGGUCACGGUUCGAGACACAAACCCCGACAACAAUUCCUAGGAUGUACCACUCCACAGCAGUUUUACUUCGUGACGGGCGAGUUUUAGUUGGUGGAAGUAAUCCCCACACGUUUUACAACUUUACGGGAGUCCUUUUCCCUACAGAACUAAGCUUAGAGGCAUUUUCUCCAGCAUAUUUAGACUCUAAAUUCAAUACUUUGCGACCGACAAUCGUUGCUCCGAAGUCUUCGUCCGGGAUUCAAUACGGGGAAAAGUUAACCGUUCAAGUGGUGAUCACGGGUAAAGUAGCUCCAAAUUUGGUUUCGGUAACAAUGGUAGCACCAUCUUUUACUACACAUUCAUUCUCCAUGAAUCAAAGGGUACUCGUACUUGGAAAUGACAAAGUGACGGCGUCGGGGAAAUCAACGUAUAACAUUGACGUCACAACGCCACGUUCGGAUAAUCUUGCACCGGCUGGGUUUUAUCUUUUAUUUGUGGUUCAUCAAGGCAUUCCAAGCCAAGGCAUUUGGGUCAAAUUGCGGUAAAGGAAAUGCAAAAGACUCAUUCAAAAUAUCCAAAUUAAAGGUUUGUAUGUUCAUAAAAUAUUUGUUCCCAUCUGUACACUUCUUAUUAUUCUUCUCGACGUGACUUAGUUGGUUUUUUUUUUUGUUUUUGUAUAUUCAGCAAUCUCUGUAAAUUGCUCUUAUAGAAUUAGGAUACCAUGUUUGUAACUUUGUCCUCUACAAAACCAAGUGUAUUUACGAAGCUCGAUCAAUAAAGAGGAUUUGUUUUAAUCAA